GGUGACAGAGGCGCAACUACAGCACUGGUCUGGAUGACCAGGUCAAAUGAUUCAGACGACGGGCUUGCAUUUGGUACUGAGAAUGGCUAUCUCUGUGUCUGGAAGCGGUCACAAAACAGGGAUUGGAGAGAAGUAUUUUGUCGACGUCUGAAUGGCGGCGAAGAUGGCCAAGAAAUCGUAGGAAUUGCAUAUGAUCCUGGUUCUGCACAGCUCGCAGUGGUCCAUUGGUCCCAAGUGGUCCACCGAUUUCUGAUGAAUAGUUCCAUGCAUCCGAAUUCUUUGAGUUCUAAAAGUAUUUCAAACCAUUGGCCGCAGUCGGUUGGGUUCGGACAAACUGGUGCGCGCGGACCCGAAAUAUGGUCAAUUGGGAGAGAAGAUGGAGUAAUCCAUAUUCUGAAUGUUAAUGGCACAAUAAUCCAAAGUUGGCCAACGGAAACUAUAAUUGGACAUGCGGUGGUCAACAUCAAAGAGGAUGCAUUGAUCCUUGACGAUGUUGCCCAAGGUGUGGUACUAUUCAAAAUAUCCGGAUUGGAGAGGGUCAGAACUUUCGCAGUACCUUCCAGGGAGCGGAGG